AUGUCCACCUACGACGAGAACGUGCGCAGCUACGAGUCCUUCGCGCGGGGCAGCCUCGAGGCCUCGCCGGGCACCGGUUCCGUCGAGGAGCUGCCCCUGACGCGCGAAGAGCCCGAGACGCCGCCGAGGACGCCGCCGCCGAAGCAAAAAACGACGCCGAAUACGCCGGGCUUCGCCGAGACGGCGCCGACGCUGGCCCUGCGCCGCGCCGACGCCGCGUCCGCCGCGCCGGCGUUGAUCAGGCUCGUCGAGUGCUGUGUGGAAAUCAAAUUUCGGGCGCCCCCCGCAACGUUGUCUCAGUGGCCGCGUCUGCUCGAGGGCGUGGAGUUUUCAGGCCAUCGACGCGACGUUGUCGCCGUCACCGCGUCGGUCUGAUGGUGUGGAGGUUCACGAAUGUCCACGCAAUAUCGAUAACCUAAGUCACUGGUUGAUUUCCACACAGGUCGAGGGCACGGAUUUAACUUUCGGGCGGGGGCCUCGGGCCGACGUCGCGUUAGUGGACGCCGCGAGGCGGACGGCCGGUAGAAGGCAGUUCGUUUCCAGAAGGCACGCUCGUGUCAGGACCGCGACGCGCUGGGGCGAGGCCGUGGCCGUUUUGAAGGCAUUUCGUAGAAGGGACGGGCGCGCGCGCUGCGGCGUUUUUGUGGAUGGCGAGGCCGUGGGGGACGAGCCGGUCCGUUUACGCGCCGGGCACCGCGUGGUCUUCGGGAGCCUGGCGGACGACGACGGCACGCCCUAUAGUGAGUUUGCUUAUGAUGUGGUGACCUGCGAGCAGGCGCCGGAGCCGCCGGCGCCGGCGCCCGACGUGGCGAGCCCGAGCUCGGUCGGCUCGUUCGGUGAUGAGGGCGAUACGCCGCAACACCAGCGCCGCGGUCGCUUGUCGAACCGGAGACGGCGCAUCUCGCUGGCCGUGGCGGUGGUAAGGGACGACCGCGACGGUUUAGAUGAUGAGACGGACGAGGAGGGGUACCAGGGCGUCUGCGAGCUCGCGCCGGCGGCGGGCUGCUUCGCGGGGCUCUUUGAUGGCGAGUCGCUGUUGUUUGGCGGGAGUAAGGAGGAAACUUAG